UUCCCUUUCUACCUCGUCCUCCUUUUUUUCCCAGAGCUCGUUUCCUUCUCUUUUUCGUUGCUCUGAGAGCGCUGCGCGGGUUUCACUGUCUCCUCUGCAGUUCGGGGUUAGUUGCCAUACUAACCCCUAACCCCACUGGGCAUAGGGGGCUUUUGGUGCCAUCAUCUUGACGACGGAGAGGGUGUUUCUCCCCGGUUCACGUGGUACCUACCCCAAGGCGCUGGUGUCCGUGAUUCCUAGAGAGGAGGGAAUGCUGAUUGACUCCCCAGGAGCGGGGGCUUGGAUGGCAGCCUAGCUUAAGUAACGGGUAGCGAGAGACUACACACAGGAGUAAGCAGGCCUGGAGGGCUGGGGUUGGGUACAGUGGACGGCGUGUGAACCCUGGGUGGUGACAGGGGAGAAAGAUGUCUUGGGCUCUGCCCCUGAACCAGGAGCCACCAUGUUGGUGAUACCCCCUGGACUGAGCGAGGAGGAGGAGGCUCUGCAGAAGAAGUUCAACAAACUGAAGAAAAAGAAAAAGGCAUUGCUGGCUCUGAAGAAGCAAAGUAGCAGUAGCACAACCAGCCAGGGCGGUGUCAAACGCUCACUGUCAGAGCAGCCUGUGGUGGACACAGCCACUGCAACAGAGCAGGCAAAGCAGCUGGUGAAAUCAGGAGCCAUCAGUGCCAUCAAGGCUGAGACCAAGAACUCGGGCUUCAAACGUUCUCGAACCCUAGAGGGGAAAUUAAAAGACCCUGAGAAGGGGCCAGUCCCCACUUUCCAGCCAUUCCAGAGGAGCAUAUCUGCUGACGACGACCUGCAGGAGUUGUCCAGACGUCCCCAAAGGAAAUCUUUGUACGAGAGCUUUGUGUCUUCCAGUGAUCGGCUUCGGGAACUGGGGGCAGAUGGGGAUGAGGCAGAAGGCUCAGGGGCUGGUGAUGGCCUCCCUCGAAGCUUUGACUGGGGCUAUGAAGAACAUGGUGGCGCCCGCUCCUCAGUCUCCCCUCCCCGAAGCCGCAGCCGGGACCGCAGUCAUGAGCGGAACCGGGACAGGGACCGGGAGCGGGACAGAGACCGGGACAGAGACCGGGACCGAGAACGAGAGGGCCUUUUCCGCAGGUCUGACUCAUUCCCUGAACGCCGGGCCCCUAGGAAGGGGAAUACUCUCUAUGUGUAUGGGGAAGACAUGACGCCCACCCUCCUCCGUGGGGCCUUCUCUCCCUUUGGAAAUAUCAUUGACCUCUCCAUGGACCCACCCAGAAACUGUGCCUUCGUCACCUAUGAAAAGAUGGAGUCAGCAGAUCAGGCCGUUGCUGAGCUCAAUGGGACCCAGGUGGAGUCCGUGCAGCUCAAAGUCAGCAUUGCCCGCAAACAGCCCAUGCUGGACGCCGCCACUGGGAAGUCUGUCUGGGGCUCCCUCGCUGUCCAGAACAGUCCUAAGGGUUGCCACCGGGACAAAAGGACCCAGAUUGUCUACAGUGAUGAUGUCUACAAGGAAAACCUUGUGGAUGGCUUCUAGUUACAGAGCUGGAUUUCUUGUGCCUCGUCUGCCCCAACACUGGUCUCAGUAAAACACUGAGGUGGAAGCUCACACAUCUCCCUCAGCCUCUGGUUUUUCAGCACUUGGGAUUGCGGUUGAACCUUUAAAAACGGCCGUUAGAUUUGCUUUGCCUUGUAACAAGAUGGCCAGUGCACAUUCCCCACGCCCUUACCUCAAAAGGAUCUUGAACACAGUAUUGUCACAGCUAUUUUAAUUUGAUCUCAUGCCCCUUUCCAGCAG